AUGAAGAUAUUUGAUUGGAUGCAAAGCAAGCUCACUGGGAAACCCCGGCUUGAAAAACCAAGCUUAAAAGUCUUUGAUGACGAGAAGGUGAAACAAAAACCUUCCAAAGAAGAAGCAAAUGAAUGGCCUCACGGGCUGCUGGCAAUUGGAACAUUAGGAAAUGGUGACUUGAAACAAGAUCAACAAACCAAUCCACCACCCUCCCCCAACGACCACCUCCAUGAUUUCACACCAGAGGAAGCUACACACAUUCUGAACGAGUUGAGCUCGUACUGGAACCAAUCAAACUCAGCCGCAUUACUAGAACUUGAAAAAGCUCCUAACAAGUUUCUAAGCAAGCAGUCGAGCUUGAAACCUGAGAGAACAAGUACUGACAAUGUAGAUUGUGACGAGCUGCCGAAAGAAAAUAUGAGUCGAUUCCAACGGAGCUCGAGUGUCGUUCUCAGCCGUGGGAAAGAUGUUUGUUUGGAUAACAUAAACUCCACCAUUGGGAAGAAAUCACUCUCUUUUCUCCUCAAGAAAGUGUUUGUUUGUAGCAGUGGGUUUGCACCAGCUGCUGCUGCUAGUGGUCUAAGAGAUCCAGUCCGAGAGUCAAGAAUGGAGAAGAUACUGAGGGCAAUACUUCACAAGAAGAUAUACCCCCAAAGUUCAAGUACUUCAACAAUGUCCAUGAAAAAGUACUUGGAGAACAGCAACCCCAAGUCUGCUAAAGCUAAUGAGGGGAGUAAAUGGGACAAGACAGAUUCUGAAUCUUCAAACAAUACAGGAUUUCUGUCAAUUGCCGCAAAGUUGAUCGGUUGA